CGGGGCAAGAUGGCGGUGGAGUCUCGAUCGCUGCCCCGGGUUCGGCAGAGCUCAGGUGUAUUGGGCUGAGGCGACAGUAGCUGCGGCUCCGACCCCGAACGCGGGGGCCUCGAGCGGAUAAAGAGAAGACAAGCUCUUCUGAAGUGAGAAGCUGCCCUUGGCUGAGUCUUCUGCAAGCUCACUGAUGAUCACUUGGCAUUUCUGCGACACAGGCAGGUCCUCAGGGUUUGUGCAAGUUUGCAAACAUGUUCACCGUUUCCCAGACCUCGAGAGCAUGGUUCAUCGAUAGAGCCCGGCAGGCUCGAGAGGAAAGGCUUGUGCAGAAGGAGCGGGAGCGGGCAGCCAUUGGGAUUCAGGCCCAUGUCCGGAGUUUUCUCUGUCGGAAUCGACUGCAGAGAGAAAUCAGGAGAGAGAUCGAUGAGUUUUUUAAAGCAGAUGACUCUGGGUCCAGUAAAAGAAGUGCACUUUGUAUUUUUAAGAUUGCCAGGAAACUGCUGUUCUUAUUCAGAAUUAAAGAGGAUAAUGAGAGAUUUGAAAAGUUGUGCCGCUGCAUCCUGAGCAGUAUGGAUGCUGAGAAUGAACCCAAGGUGUGGUAUGUGUCCCUGGCUCUUUCCAAGGAUCUCACGCUCUUGUGGAUUAAACAAAUCAAGGACAUUCUGUGGCAUUGCUGUGAGUUUCUUGAGCAGCUCAAGCCUGAAAUCUUACAAGACUCCAAACUUGUCACACUGUACCUCACGAUGCUUGUCACAUUCACAGACGCUUCAACAUGGAAAAUUCUCCGGGGAAAAGGUGAGAAUCUUCGACCAGCCAUGAACCACAUUUGUGCAAAUAUAAUGGGACACCUCAACCAGCGUGGACUUUAUUCUGUGCUGCAGAUAUUGUUAACCCGUGGCCUGGCGAGACCCCGGCCUUGUCUGUCCAAAGGCACUUUAACUGCGGCCUUUUCUCUGGCGUUACGCCCUGUGGUUGCUGCACAGUUUUCAGACAAUCUGAUUCGGCCAUUUCUCGUCCACAUCAUGUCUGUGCCAGCUCUUGUGACUCAUCUCGGCACAGUGACCCCUGAGCGCCUUGCUAUUUUAGAAUCUCACGAGAUGCUUUGUAAGUUCAUCACAUUUUUAAGAGAUGAAGAUCGAUGCUGUGAUGUCUGUGAAAGUUUAGAAGGAUGCCAUACGCUUUGUCUAAUGGGCAACCUCCUGCACCUGGGCUCCCUCAGCCCCAGAGUGUUAGAGGAGGAGACGGAUGGGUUUGUGAAUUUGCUCACCCAGAUGCUGUGCUACUGUCAGAAGUACGUGUCCCAGAAGAAAUCCAACCUGACCCACUGGCACCCUGUCCUUGGCUGGUUCUCCCAAUCCGUGGACUAUGGCCUUAACGAGUCAAUGCCCUUGAUCACCAAACAGCUGCAGUUCCUGUGGGGGGUGCCUCUGAUCCGGAUCUUCUUCAGUGACAUCCUGAGCAAGAAGCUGCUGGAGGGCCAGGAGCCGGCGGCUCACGUGCAGCCGGCCUCCCCACAGAAUGUGCUGCCCGUGAAAAAUCUCCUGAAGCGCGCGUUUCAGAAGUCUGCGUCAGUGCGGAAUAUUCUCAAGCCUGUGGGGGGUAAACGCGUCGACUCUACAGAAGUACAGAAGGUUUGCAACAUCUGUGUCCUCUACCAGACCUCUCUGACAACUCUGACCCAGAUCCGGCUGCAGAUACUCACAGGUCUCACUUACCUUGAUGACCUGCUGCCCAAACUGUGGGCAUUUAUCUGUGAGCUGGGUCCCCACGGAGGGUUAAAGCUCUUCUUGGAAUGCCUCAACAAUGACACAGAAGAGUCGAAGCAGCUCUUGGCCAUGCUGAUGCUGUUCUGUGACUGUUCCCGGCACCUCAUCACGAUCCUUGAUGACAUAGAAGUUUAUGAAGAACAGAUUUCAUUCAAACUAGAAGAGCUGGUUACCAUCUCCUCUUUUCUGAAUUCCUUCGUGUUCAAGAUGAUCUGGGAUGGAAUCAUAGAGAACGCCAAGGGCGAGACUUUGGAGCUGUUCCAGUCAGUGCACGGGUGGCUGAUGGUGCUGUAUGAGAGGGACUGUCGGCGGCGCUUCGCCCCCGAGGACCACUGGCUGCGAAAGGAUCUCAAACCUAGUGUUCUCUUCCAAGAACUGGACAAGGACAGAAAACGGGCCCAGCUGAUCCUGCAGUACAUCCCUCAUGUCAUUCCUCAUAAAAAUAGAGUUCUCCUGUUCCGAAACAUGGUGACCAAGGAGAAGGAGAAACUGGGGCUUGUGGAAACCAGCUCCGCCUCCCCGCAUGUCACUCACAUCACUAUCCGGCGGUCCCGGAUGUUGGAGGAUGGCUACGAGCAGCUCCGGCAGCUCUCCCAGCACGCCAUGAAGGGCGUGAUCCGCGUGAAGUUUGUCAAUGACCUCGGGGUGGACGAGGCGGGGAUUGAUCAGGACGGUGUUUUCAAGGAGUUCUUGGAAGAGAUCAUCAAGAGGGUAUUUGACCCGGCACUCAACCUGUUCAAGACAACCAGUGGGGAUGAGAGACUCUACCCUUCGCCCACAUCUUACAUUCAUGAGAAUUACCUGCAGCUCUUUGAGUUUGUGGGCAAAAUGCUGGGGAAGGCCGUGUAUGAGGGAAUCGUGGUGGACGUGCCCUUCGCGUCCUUCUUCCUGAGCCAGCUGCUCGGGCACCACCACAGUGUCUUCUACAGCUCAGUGGACGAACUGCCUUCCCUGGACUCCGAGUUCUAUAAAAACCUCACCUCCAUUAAGCGCUACGAUGGGGACAUCGCCGACCUGGGCCUGACGCUUUCAUACGAUGAGGACGUCAUGGGUCAGCUUGUUUGCCAUGAACUGAUUCCUGGAGGGAAGACCAUUCCUGUUACAAAUGAAAAUAAAAUUAGCUACAUUCAUCUGAUGGCACAUUUUCGAAUGCACACUCAAAUAAAAAACCAGACAGCUGCCCUCAUUAGCGGAUUCCGUUCUAUCAUCAAACCCGAGUGGAUCCGGAUGUUCUCAACCCCUGAGCUGCAGCGUCUCAUCUCCGGUGACAAUGCUGAGAUUGAUCUGGAAGAUUUAAAGAAGCACACAGUGUACUACGGUGGUUUUCAUGGGAGUCACAGGGUCAUUAUCUGGCUCUGGGAUAUUCUGGCCUCCGACUUCACGCCCAACGAGAGAGCCAUGUUCCUGAAGUUCGUGACCAGCUGCUCCAGGCCCCCGCUGCUGGGAUUCGCCUACCUCAAGCCUCCUUUCUCCAUUCGCUGCGUCGAAGUGUCCGACGAUCAGGACACUGGGGACACCCUGGGCAGCGUCCUCCGGGGCUUCUUCACCAUCCGCAAGCGGGAGCCAGGUGGCCGUCUGCCCACCUCCUCCACCUGCUUUAACCUGCUCAAGCUGCCCAACUACAGCAAGAAAAGCGUCCUCCGGGAGAAGCUGCGCUACGCCAUCAGCAUGAACACGGGCUUCGAGCUGUCCUAGCUCCCAGUCCUGGCCGCCUGCCCUCAGACCCCCAGCCUGCCGGAGACCUUCCGCUCCCGGAGGCAGCUCCCCGGACUGUGGCCGACAUGCCCGGUAACAGCGGCCCCCAGACUCUCUCUGUAGCCAUGAGACUCCCCCUGUGGCCUCAAGAACUUUGGACACACAUGACUCUACAAAACGUUCUCCAGGUGACACUAACGGGAAGGGGGUAUCGAAAUAAACCUCCAGAUUCCGCCAGCAUCGGUCCUUUUCCCUGCAUCCCAGUGGCCUGCAGCCCAGGCCUGUGACUGCAGCGGGGCUUCUCUUCUGACAGUUUGGUCUCUGUGAGUCUGUAUUUCCUUCCCUUUCUGAGUGAGCUGUGCACGGACGAGGCCCAGGCUCUGCACGGCUCCUGAGUGGUUCCCUGGCGUGGGCCUGUGUGUGCAAAGCCUAGUGCGCGUGCGACACUCUCCUUCCCUUUCUGAAAACUCUACUCAGGUAAGGCCUUGCCAAGCCUCUAUGCACCCAACCAAGUCUCUGCCUCCAUCCCGUCCACAGCAGCCUCUCCAGAGAGCCACCCACAUCCACCUGCUCCCCAGGGGAACAGGCUCCUGCUCAGGAGGUCGCGAGCCCAGGAAACCAUGGGGCAGCUCUCCUGCCCUACUGUCACAUCAGAUGCUCUGAGUCCUCAGCAGUCCCCUCUGGCAGGGAGCCUCCUGGAUGGUCCCCAAAUGUGCGUUCACAUUGGCAUCCUGGGUUUGCCAGAAAAAACCCGUCGGCCCUAAGAGCAGCUCCGUUUGUAGAAGGCACUGGCCGUUCCCCGAAGCCUGCUGAUUCCCAAGGAGCAGCUGCCUUUCUCCUGCUUGUUUGCGUGCCUGUUAUCUGGGAGGAAGCAAGCACUAGCCCAGCCCUGUCCCGUGUAGGCGUGGCUUUAUGCAUAGAGUGUAAAAUCCCAAGAAACUUGGAUCUUGCACCCCCCUUCCUAGCACAGGGAACCCAGGAGACCUUUGCACUGACUCAGCUCACGAGGCUCAGGAAAUCACGGCCCUCGGGGUUGGUUUUCUUCGUUGUUUUUUUACUCUGUUCUCUCUUUCAACCCACUGUGCUCCUCUGUCCUCAUUCUUCACCUCCAUCAUGAGAACUAACUCUAGAUCCAGGGAAUUGAGGCAAAGGCCACACUAGUGGUCUGUGUUGACAACCAUCUACCCUCGCCCAACUCCUCGCACCCCUUCAGUCUCCCUACCACAGACAGAAGCCACACUGGAAGCCAGGAGUGCCUGGUCCCCUCUGCUCUGUGCAGCGGCUUGUAGCUCCCAUCCAAGCAGCAAAGCACCUUCCAGCAAGAACAUUCACGUUGGCAGCUCCGUGAGCAAGACCUGUCUCCGUGGCUUCGGUCAGAGAGUCUCUGCUGGGGGCCGGUGUCCUGUCCGUGUUAGCCUGGCUGUGUCCGCCCUGCUGCUGCAGAACGGCAUGUGUUUUACCUGGAUGCAAAGACAAGGAGUUUAAAGACAGGCAGGAAUUUACUAUUUACGAUUCGGUAGUAACCUCUGAUUCUGUGGGUUUGCCACUUUAAAUGCUCAGUUCCCUUGAAGAUCUCUUUUGCGUGUGUGUGUGUACACUGAGCAGGUUUGCACAUUUGUGCUGGGCUACACAGUCGCCAGCCUGCACAGAGAAACGCGAUCCCAUCCUGACUGACCACCCGAGAACUGUCCUGCAUGGGAAUGGGGGAGAGUGGUUUCUAAGCAUCAGCUGGGCUUCUGCCGACGAGGAGGGGCCGUUGUCAUUUCAUUCACUCUUCAGCAGCUGGAAAUACUGCACCAUCUGAAGCACUAAGCGUGUGCUUUUACAGCUGGUGUUCAGUGACACCUCGAUGCUCUUGAUGGCUCUAAAACGUUGUAGGUUUUUAAAUAAAUAAUACAGUAAGAAUGUGUGGGGUUUUUUGUUUUCACAGAUAACUGUGGAUUAAAG